AUGAAUCUCAUUUGUUGCAGAGAUCAUUCUGGCUUUCGCGGUCUUACUCCUAUUCUUAUCUCACCAGUACUAAAUAAUGAAAUUUUUUUGUUGCUGGUCAAAUUGUCAGAACAAGCUCGUCGUCAGCUCGCAAAAGGUUCCAGCAAGUUUGAGGAUUUGAGUUUGGGAGCCAACAGACCGACGCAACUCAUUAAAAGAUACGGCAAUUUGUACUCAGAAGCCAGAGUGGAUGCCUUGGAUGCUCUGGAGAAUCUUCCAGAACUGUCCGAAUGUGAUGAUCUCAAGACCAAGCUGCUUCUUUCUAUCAUUGUGUUGAGUUUUCGUUCGACGCAAAAGACCUUACUGGACCUGAAGACGAGAGUAAGGGAGAUGCUGCACAUCCCUCGGGUUCUGCAAAGUGGACUGCCCCACUUGUGUCACGCCGCAAACGACCUUGAAGAUGACAUUGGAGUUUAUUUGAGGAAGACGCUGGAUAAGCAUGACUUAAGAAGGAAUUACAACGAAGUCAGCGAGCGAGUUUGGAUCACCCUGUUUGACUACCCCUCUCUGAGAAACUGCAAUGGUCUGACGAGGUACAUCGAGGAGUGUGUAUCGGUAGCCUGGUCGCUAACAGUUCAGAACCCACCGAUGCUCAUCGACUACGAGAUGGGCCCUUUCGACCAAACCAAACAUUCUCGAUUCCAUACAUCUGACCCAAAUUCGAAGGCCAUCAAAGUCUAUCUGUGGCCAGCUCUAACAGAAGGAGAAAAAGGAGCGUGUGUCAGCAAAGGAAUCGUCAUUACAUGA